ACGUACUCGACCAAUCCACAGUCGCACUCUCUCGCGCUCUCCCUUCUCUCCCCUCCUCCCACUUUCCCAGGUCUCUCCGUUUCCCACGCCUUCCUCACCGUCCAUUCCGCUUAUAAAUACCCUCCACCUUCUUUCGAUUUCCGAUCUACCCCCAACUACAUCGCCAUGGCCUCUGUCCGCCCCUUCAACACUCUCCUCCGAUCCCCUUCCCACCCCCCGCCCUCCUCCCUCAUGGCGGCGCCUUCUCGCGGCCUUCCCUUCCCUCGCCGAUCUCCUCCUCUUCGUCACCCUCCUCGUCCCUUCUACUGCCGCUCUGCCGCCUCUACAUCCGUCGAGAGGAAGGAGGAGAAGAAGAGGGAUUCUGGCGAAUCGGGGGAGCGGAGGAAGAUCCGCAUCCGCGUUCUGCUCGCUCACCAGGUCAAGUUCGGCCAGCACGUCAGCGUCGUCGGGUCGACUGAGGAGCUUGGAUCGUGGGAGAAGCACGUGGCGAUGGAAUGGACGCCCGACGGAUGGGCCCGCGACCUGGAGGUUCGAGGCGGCGAGUCGGUGGAGUUUAAGUUUGUGAUCUCGUCGGGAGGGAAGAAGGAUAUGGUGUGGGAGAGAGGAGAAAACAGGGCGCUGAUGCUUCCUAAGGAUGGGGGUUUCAGUAUGGUUUGCCGCUGGAACGAGACGGGUGAGGCCUUGGAAUUGCAGAGGAUUGCUGCAGCAGAGGAAAGUGAAGAAUUAUACGGUGGGGAUGGUAAGGAGUCUUUGGUUGAAAUCGGUGGUUUGGACACGGAGGCGGAAGCGAGCCCUUUCGUCGAUCAGUGGCAAGGCAAGGCGGCAUCAUUUAUGCAAUCCAACGAGCAUAGGAGCAAGGAGACGGAAAGGGAAUGGAGGACCGACGGUCUUGAUGGUGUUGCUUUGAAAUUGGUUGAAGGUGAUCGAUCUGCUAGGAAUUGGAGGCGCAAGCUAGAGGUUGUACGAGAACUUUUGACAGAUAUGGAUGGGAAUCGCUUGGAGGCCCUGGUAUAUGCUUCCAUUUAUCUGAAGUGGAUCAAUACUGGGCAGAUUCCUUGCUUUGAAGAUGGUGGCCAUCACCGACCAAACAGACAUGCAGAGAUCUCUAGGUUCAUCUUUCGUGAACUUGAAAGGAUAAACUACACGGAGAAUGCAUCAGCUCAGGAUGUACUAGUGAUUAGGAAGAUACACCCUUGUUUGCCUUCAUUUAAGUCAGAAUUUACUGCUUCUGUUCCUCUAACACGUAUACGUGAUAUUGCUCAUCGAGGGGAUAUUCCACAUGAUCUAAAGCAAGAAAUAAAACAUACAAUUCAAAACAAGCUUCACAGAAAUGCUGGUCCAGAAGAUUUGAUUGCCACAGAGGCAAUGCUUGCUAGGAUCACCAAGACACCUGGAGAGUACAGCGAUGCAUUUGUAGAGCAAUUUAAGAUAUUUUACAAUGAGUUGAAAGAUUUCUUCAAUGCUGGGAGUCUUACUGAGCAACUGGAGUCAAUCAAAGAUUCUUUAGAAGAUAAUAGCUUACAAGCUCUUCAUAUGUUUUUGGAUAGCAAAAAGAAUUUAGAGAAAUUACAGGAAGAAGAAUGUUUUAUUGAAAAUGGAGGGGUUGAGUCACUCCUGGAAACUUUACAAUCUUUGACUAAUAUAAGGUCACUUCUGCUGAGAGGACUUGAAAGUGGUCUGAGAAAUGAUGCUCCUGAUACUGCUAUUGCAAUGCGGCAGAAGUGGCGUCUCUGUGAGAUUGGCCUUGAGGAAUACUCUUUUGUUAUUCUCAGCAGGUUUGUUAAUAUUCUGGAAGAGAUGGGAGGAUCGUCUUGGCUUGCUGAUAAUGUAGGAUCUAAAAAUAUCAGUCCUUGGGCUCAUCCACUUGUUGCCUUAAACAUUGGUUUACGCCAAGUUGGCCUUUCUGGUUGGAAGUUAGAGGAGUGCAAUGCUAUACAGAAUGAGCUUCUGUCUUGGCUACAAAAAGGCAUAUCUGACAAAGAAGGAAGUGAGGAAGGAAAGUACAUUUGGUCACUGAGACUCAAGGCUACUUUAGAUAGAACAAGAAGGUUAACAGAAGAAUAUUCUGAUGCACUUUUACAAAUUUUCCCUGAUAAAGUGCAGAGGCUAGGUCAAGCACUUGGAAUCCCUGAGAACACUGUAAGGACAUACACCGAAGCAGAAAUCCGUGCAGGUGUUAUAUUUCAGGUGUCUAAGCUCUGCACCCUUCUUCUAAAAUCUGUACGGAAUGCAUUGGGAUUCUCAGGUUGGGAUGUUCUUGUCCCUGGAGUGGCUCAUGGGACCCUUUUGCAGGUUGAAAGUAUUGUUCCAGGAUCUUUGGCUUCAUUCACUGAAAAACCUGUCAUUCUGGUUGUCAAUAAGGCUGAUGGGGAUGAGGAGGUCAAAGCUGCAGGAGAUAAUAUUGUAGGGGUUGUACUUCUACAGGAGAUGCCCCACCUUUCUCAUCUUGGUGUCAGAGCUCGACAGGAACAAGUGGCAUUUGUGACUUGUGAGGAUGAUGAUAAAAUAGCUUCCAUAAGGAAAUUUGAAGGAAAGUAUGUUAGGUUGGAAGCUUCAUCUGCUCGUGUUGAAUUGUUUCCAGCAUCUAGAGAUACAGAGGAUUUGCCUCAUGAAAGAUUGAGUAUUUCAAGUUCAUCAAAAAAUGAACUUCCAGCUAAUAACUUGUCCAUUUUGGAUAUUCCUAAUGCGCCAUACUUAAGUGAGAAUUCUUCAGAUCGAACUGAUCGAACUGUGAGUUCACUAGAAGUUUCAGAGGCCACAGCUGAAUCUUCUGGUGCAAAAGCUGCUGCUUGUGGUCUCCUUGUGUCUGUAUCAAAUAGCUCUGAGAAGGUUUACAGUGAUCAAGGGGUUCCUGCUUCAUUCAGGGUUCCUUCAGGUGCAGUGAUUCCUUUUGGAUCUAUGGAGUUAGCUAUAGAAAAAAGUGGUUCAACCAAAUCUUUUCUAUCACUCGUAGAACAAUUAGAGACUGCCAAUCUUGAAAAUGGAGAAGUUGACGGCUUAUGCUCUGAGCUCCACUCAUUGAUUUCUUCCCAACGUCCAUCUGAAGAGACACUGGAAGCCAUUGGGAAAAUUCUCCCAACCAAUACACGUUUUAUUGUAAGAUCUAGUGCCAAUGUUGAGGACUUGGCUGGAAUGUCUGCAGCUGGUUUGUAUGAGUCCGUGCCAAAUGUCAGCCUAUCAACCCCAGAUGUCUUUGGAGCAGCUGUUGCUCGAGUAUGGGCUUCUCUUUACACUAGAAGAUCAGUUUUAAGCCGUCGGGCAGCUGGUAUUCCUCAAAAGAAUGCAUUGAUGGCAGUUCUGGUGCAGGAGAUGUUGUUUCCAGAUCUCUCUUUUGUGCUUCACACAGUAAGCCCUACUGAUCAUGAUGCUCAGCUGGUUGAAGCAGAGAUAGCUCCUGGUCUUGGAGAAACUCUUGCCUCUGGAACUCGUGGCACCCCAUGGAGGCUUUCAUCAGGGAAGUUUGAUGGAAGAGUAAACACCUUGGCUUUUGCCAACUUCAGCGAAGAGCUAUUGGUGCUUAGUUCUGGCCCAGCAGAUGGAGAAGUUAUUCGUUUGACUGUAGAUUAUAGUAAGAAGCCAUUGACCAUCGAUCCCAUUUUCAGGAGGCAGCUUGGUCAGCGUCUAUCCACAAUCGGUUUCUUUCUGGAACAGAAAUUUGGGUGCCCUCAGGAUGUUGAAGGGUGUGUGGUUGGCAAAGACAUCUUCAUUGUUCAAACAAGGCCCCAACCUUAACCAGAGUUACAUCUUGUAUCUUUUUUCAUCUAUGAUGUUGAUCUUGAAGAUAAGGAAUCCUGGUGCUUUAAGGCUAGAGCUGUGCUAGAACAAGUCUAAUCGCUAAGUUUGAAACUGGACGAAGCCAGAGGGAAGGACAAGCAACCAUUUUAUUCGCAGGGGCAAAAUUUCAGUAUCAUAUUAUCUACGUCGAUGGUCCCAUCACCAAAUGGUGCAAAUUUUCUUGCGUAUGAGUUUUACAAAUAAAUACCCACGGAUGACGCUUACAUAUAGCGAUAUACUGAUUCGAAUAAUUCAGAAGGUCAAGGAGUCAGGUUUGAAUCGUUUGGUUGUUUAAUAUUUCAUUGUGUAGUAUUACCAUGAAAUCUGGCAUUUAUUCGUGGAGUUCAUUUCAAA